GAUACGGUUUCGGACAGUUUUCAUUUGUUUACUUAAUAAGACUUUUAAAUGUCGUGUCAUUUUUGUCUUAACUUAUACAGUAUUUUCUCUCACUUCUAUCUACUUCAUUGAGCACCUUCCAAGAUCGUCAAACAUGGCUGUUACUUUGUAUAACUUAUUUGAGGCGACAUUGUUGUGCAUCAAUGCUAUUGCAGUUUUACACGAAAAAAGGUUUUUAGACAAAGUUGGAUGGGGCAGAGGCCAAAGUAGAGGAUUUGGUGAAGAACCUGGCGUCAAAGGACAACUAAUGAAUUUAAUUCAUUCUGUUAGGACAGUCAUGCGAAUUCCAUUGAUAUUUCUGAAUGCAAUAGUUAUAAUCUUCAAACUAGUUUUGGGAUGACUUGUGUUACAUUAAGAAUUUGUACAUAAUUUUCCAUACAAUUUUAAUGUGGUUUUUUAAAUAAAUUUCAUGUAUUGCUA